AUGGAGCCCUCGCUCUCGGCAAAGGAGCUGGAGUCGGGGCUGAGGAACGGAGAGCUGCCGCAGAUCUGCCGGGGGCAGAAUUUCAUUUCCUUCCCUCGUCAUGAGGAAGAGCAUCUCCAGCGGACUGUGAGCUGGCACCCUUGCCUUCUGAUUCUUGGCCAGAACUGUAAUGCCAAGUGCCAGUUACUCAACAUACUGCUGGGUGAGAAGCUGCUCCCUACCACCAAAAUCAGCAAUGAGGAGAACUGUAAGAGGCGACGGAUCCGCUUCACGCAUGGGACACAAACACGGAUUAGCCUAGCGCUGCCUGAGCAGUAUGAACUGGUCCAUAUGAUGGCAGCCCACCGAGGGCACUGGGACACGAUACCAGAGGAGGACUUAGAAAUUCGUGGGGACAGCGAAGAUCCUGCUCACCAGAUAGCGGAGCUGGAGGUCAUGCUGCCGUACUCACUACUAAAGGAAGUAGAUGUUGUGGUAGCACCAUGUCGUGGAUUCCAGUCUGCUGAAGCCACCUUGGGAGAGUAUGUGAACCAAGUCUUGCCUGUUGUCAUCUUUGCCAUCAGCGAGGCUGAACUUUCUUCAUCAGAUGAGAAUGAACUGCGCGAAAUCAAAGAGAAAUUCUCUUUGCCCAUUUUCUUCUUCAAAGUGCCAGAGUUGGGGGUUGAGCUGAUCUCUCCCAAAAAAACUGAUCAUGAAAAGUCCUCCCUUUACUGCCAGCUGAUGGACUUGGAGUACCUGAGUACCAGCCACUGCAGCUGCGGGGCACCCGGUCCUGAUGCUGAUGCCCAAAGCAUGCUGGUGGAGCAGUUUGAGAAGCUCCGUCUCCUAAGCACUUUUUCCAGGCAGGUGCUUCAGAAGCAUCUCGUGGAAGCAGCUACCAGUUUAAAUGAAGUGCACUGCCGCUGCCUGAACAUCUUCAUCAAUCAGGCUUUCGACAUGCAGCGAGACCUGCAAAUCACCCCCAAGAGGCUAGAGUAUACCCGCAAGAAGGAGAACGAGCUAUAUGAGUCUCUGAUGAACAUUGCCAACCGCAAGCAAGAGGAGAUGAAGGACAUGAUCAUAGAGACGCUUAGCAAUAUGAAAGAGGAGCUCUUGGAGGAUGCUGCUAAUAUGGAAUUCAAAGAUAUCAUCAUUCCGGAGAAUGGGGAACCUGUUAGUUCCAAGGACAUAAAGUGUUGUAUUAAGCAAAUCCAGGAACUGAUUAUUUCUCGGUUAAACCAAGCAGUUGCCAACAAGUUAAUUAGUUCAGUGGACUAUCUGCGAGAGAGCUUUGUAGGGACUCUGGAGAGAUGUCUGAAGAGCUUGGAGGAGUCUUGGGAGGUUUCAGUACAUCCUGCAAGGAGUUUGGAGAAGUCAAAGGAUGUUUCUGUACACAUCACAAGCAAUUAUCUCAAACAGAUACUAAAUGCAGCCUAUCAUGUUGAAGUCACUUUCCACUCUGGCUCAACAGUAACCAGGAUGCUGUGGGAACAGAUCAAACAGAUAAUCCAGCGGAUUACAUGGGUCAGCCCACCUGCCAUCACCAGUGACUGGAAGAGGAAAGUUGCUCAGGACGCUAUCGAGAGCCUCAGUGCGUCCAAGUUAGCCAAGAGCAUUUGCAGCCAGUUCCGGACCAGGCUAAACAGUUCCCAUGAGGCUUUUGCAGCUUCUCUGCGACAGUUAGAAGACGGCCAUUCUGGCAGGCUGGAGAAAACAGAAGAUCUGUGGCUGAAGGUGCGGAAAGAUCAUGCUCCUCGGCUAGCACGACUCUCGCUGGAGAGCAGGUCCCUCCAGGAUGUGCUGUUACAUGGCAAACCAAAGUUGGGCCGCGAGCUGGGCCGAGGACAGUAUGGCGUGGUCUAUCUGUGUGACAGCUGGGGAGGGCAUUUCCCAUGUGCACUGAAAUCUGUUGUUCCUCCAGAUGAGAAGCACUGGAAUGACCUUGCACUUGAGUUUCACUAUAUGAGGUCCCUGCAGACACAUGAGCGGCUCGUACAUCUCCAUGGUUCUGUGAUAGAUUAUGGCUAUGGAGGAGGCUCCAGCAUUGCCGUCUUACUGAUAAUGGAACGGUUGCACAGAGACCUCUAUACCGGACUAAAGGCUGGGCUAGAAUUAGAAACACGAUUACAGAUUGCCUUGGAUGUAGUUGAAGGAAUCCGUUAUCUUCACAGUCAGGGACUUGUGCACCGAGAUAUCAAACUUAAAAAUGUCUUGCUUGACAAAAAGAAUCGAGCCAAAAUCACUGACUUGGGGUUCUGCAAACCAGAAGCCAUGAUGUCUGGCAGUAUUGUAGGCACACCCAUUCAUAUGGCUCCUGAGCUCUUUACAGGAAAGUAUGAUAACUCAGUGGAUGUUUACGCAUUUGGCAUUCUGUUCUGGUACAUUUGUUCGGGACACGUGAAGUUACCAGAGGCUUUCGAGAGAUGUGCAAGCAAAGAUCACCUUUGGAACAAUGUUAGAAGAGGAGUUCGCCCGGAGCGUCUUCCAGUGUUCGAUGAGGAAUGCUGGCAGCUGAUGGAAGCCUGCUGGGACGGAGACUCCUCCCAGCGCCCUCUCCUGGGGAUUGUUCAACCUAUGCUGCAGGGGAUCAUGGACAGGCUCUGCAAGUCAAGCUCUGAGCACCCAAAUAAAGGGUUGGAUGACUCUACUUGAAAAGGAAGCACGGAAGAAUUUUUAAUUGUGGGAGAAUUCUGAACCCCUAACUCUGCAGACGGCUUCUUCAGGUGUAGCUCUUUGUGGCUAACAUGAGUGGGACAGGUAAUAGCAACCAGAAGAUUGCUCAUAGAGGUGAGACCUUGGGGAUGUUCCAUCUUGAAUAGCGGCCAGAGAAAUCUCCCCCGGUACACCCCAUUGAUGCUAGUUACCCCACUGCAGCUUUUAUUAUGGAGUUGUGCAAGUGAGAUAAAAAUCCAUGCCCUUGAACUGAAAGGGAUUUUUGCCAAUCCCACACAAACACCAAUCAAAGAAAAGCAUCUUGUGUGUUCCAGGUAGUGUCUGCGUUGCUAGGAGCUGAUCACGACAGUCUUUACUCAGUAAAGUAAAAACUCUUCCCAUUAACUGAUGGUCCUAGGUGGCCUUCGGUCCACACACAACUAUCCCAAUCACUUAUCGAUUGGCACCGAUUACAGUGCGGUCGGAGAGGAAAGAGAAAGCAGAGGGUCUAGGCUAGAAAGUGUUUAGAAGCUAAGAGCAUCUCUGUGUUAAGCUUCUUGCAACACUCAAAAUGUUUACAUUGACAGGAGCAAAGCUUCCAUGUUUUACCUAAGGGGAUUUAUCUACUGUUCCACUGCAGUGCAAAUACCCCAAGUUAUAAGCUAUUUAUCUCUUACGUACCCUUCACCUCUUACUUAUGUAAACAAGCUCUUUUCUGGUUAAUUUCGCUUCAUAAUAGUUAUUUGAAUGUCUGAAGAAACCUGACCUUUCUUUUACAGUCUUCUGGUAACAUGGAAGACUGCUCAGAGAUGACAUAUCGUAAUACCGAAACAAAGUCAUUACAACUAAUGACUGUCCAUGGGGAAAAUGCCAAUUCAUUUUAAUUAAAUUUGGUUUUUGAAUUAGUUGUAAAGGCAAUGACAGUUUUAAAUUGUGCUAACUAUGACAGACAUAUUUUUAAAAAUAAGGUUUCUUCAGCUUUUUUAAAGUCACAUGCUUGGUGAGAGCAUGCUCGAGGGAAAACAGGUCAUUCGUUCUUCUUCAGUAGCUGUGUAUUGUGGCUGUGUCUGUUCAUCUGAUCGUUUCACUCUGGGAUCUCUAAUUUGGCUGUACUGAAAAGAAUAAAAAAUGGGGGGGAGGGGAAUCCUUCGCAAGGAAGGUAUGGGCUGGGGUGGUCCUGCUGCCCUUCCCAAGAGGGCUGCUUUUGAAAAUAAUAUCCUUGCCCUUUGCCUUUUGCAUUUCUGGGGCAAGAUUGGUUGAUCUUAGUGUAACGUACCUGUGGGGUGGAGGCUGAAAUAGAAAAUGCACCUUGUUUACUACGUGAGGAAAUACAGAGUUGGCAAGUUCUCCCUGGGUUUACUGUUCCUCCCAGCUGCGGGGGAUGAGCACGCAAUGGCUUUGUUUCCCAGGAAAGCUAGCAUGCUGCAUCCAAAGUAGUGUAGGCAUGGGGAAUUGCUGCACCUUGUGGCUGGAAUUUAUUGGC